CUUCUGUCUACCUGGCGUCGACAGAUCUGCGAAUGUGAAGCAUCCCAGCUAUACUUCAUCUCGGCUGGAUCCAGCAAAAAGAGGCGAUGAGCGGCGUCGAGGAGCUUGCCACGGUGCUAGGUGGCAAUUUCUUUGCGAUUGGUCUUGGGUACUGUUGUUUGAGGACGCAUCUGCUGGAUGACGUGAAGGGCAUCACAUUCAUCGUCAGCAAGAUAGCCUUGCCGCUGCUCGUCUUCAGAGCGGUGAGCGGAAAGACAGUCACAAACGCACUGGUCAGUCUGUCGGUGCGUGUGUGUGAUGCAUGCAGGUGGCACUGAUGGAUCUUGGUUCUGUGAAUCUGACGGUCAUCGCUGCCUGCACCGUUGCCAAGUUCGUCGUGCAGGCCGCCGUCAUUGUCGCAACCAUAACCAUCGACAAGGUACUCUCAAUCACUGUGUGGCUGGCCGAAUGCUGCUGCUUGCUUGGCUGCAAUGGAUGGAUGGAUGGAUGGAUGGAUGGAUGGAUGGACGGAUGGAUGGACGGAUGGACGGACGGAUGGACGGAUGGACGGAUGGACGGAUGGACGGAUGGACGGAUGGAUGUGUUGCGUCAUUGCAGUCGCCCAAAAAUGUAUCGCGUGCGGCCCUUCAUGCCCACUUCGUGUCGAGCGAGAAUGCAUUCGCCCUCGGGAUCCCAAUAGUCUACGCCCUCUUCCCCAUAGCCGCCUACCCACAGGAUCUCCUCGGCUACCUGACUGCACUCGCAGGUUGGGAUGCACCAACGAGAUGUGCUCACAACGCCACGCGUGCUUUGCGUGCAGUCCUGCAGACGGUUCUGCACACCAAUUUAUCGUUUGUGCUGUUUGAGGCCGGCAAGGCCAAGAGGGAGGCACACGAGCAAGGGGACACGGCAGGCAGCAAGAGCUGUACCGUGGAGAUGCCUGCAGUGCGUCAGGUGGACGAGACGUUGAGUUUGCCGCCUUCCCCGUCCCCGCCGUCGACAGCAGUAGAGGGCAAGAGGAAAAACCUGUUGGUCAAAGUGGUGUCCAAUAUCAUUACGCAACCCCUCAUGUAAGUAUGAGAACAGGACAGCGAGCCAGCUACGGAUGGAUCAGACUGUGUGUGCUCUUACAGCAUAAUGAUCGUGGCUGGUCUGCUGUUCAAGGCGGCCUUUGGCUGGGCGUUCACGACGAGUGACACUGGUCGGCUGCGGUUGCCUUCGGGUCUUCAUGACGUGGUGGCUCUCGCCACUGAGCCCUACGUCAUGUGUGCUCUGUUUCUCACGGGCGCCACGGUCGUCAACAAUCUCGACGCACUCCUCAAACCACAACAGGCAAGAAUCAACAUUCAUACAUACAUACAUACAUCAAGUGGAUGGGGUCACCUCUCGUGUCGUUGCCUGCCUACCUGCCUGCGCGCGUGGAUGUGUACAGGUGGUUCUGCCGCUGUUUCUGGUGGUUCUAAAGGUGAUGGUGUUGCCGUCAGUCAUGUGGCUAUUCGUUUCUGUCAUGAACACUGGCAUGGCCGAGGAGGAGCUGGAGGUGUAUCAAGACUUCGCACUUCUGUUUGGAUCCAUACCCACGAGCUCUGCACCCGUCGUCUUCGCCAAGGUUUACAAGGUCGACGAAGAUGUGGCCGGUGCCGGUGUGAUCCUGGGCCUCGUGCUGGGCGGGCCUCUCAUUUUCGUACUCGCCAUCCUUUUCGAUAAAGAAGUGAGGCACUCAGUCAGCGAUAUACCAACAAUCAACUCACUGAUGUGUUGUUGUCGCUUUCUCUCUCCCUCUCGUCCGUCCAUGCAGCUCUCGGCGGUGGCUGACGCGUUCCUCGUGAUCAACAAGAGCUUUGCAGUGUCAUCCAUGGUCUUUGCGAUCAUGGUUCUUUUCAUUCUGCUGCUGAUACGGGCUCGUGAGGACUGGACCACCUACCCGCGCGUCCUAGUGCCAUGCUACGCCGCCUCUGUGGCUCUGUCGGGGCUGCUGGUGACGAUUUUGGCCUCAUCGACCAACUACUGCUCGAGAGGCGACAGCGACGACACGUGGCAGGUGGCCAUGUACAACAUGAGCAAUUACUUUAUGCAAAUGGUGAGGGAAUGAACUGGCACGAAAAGUGAGUAUCCGGUCGCACCACACAUGUGUGGGGGAUGGGUCGGUCAGAGUCGUUGGUGCCUGUGCGGACUGUGCCUGAAUGUUGCUCUCGGCGUGAGGAUGGGCCUGUCGAAGGCAAGGAGGCGCUUCUUUUUCCUGACAAUCGCGGCCGCUUUCAUCCUGCCCCUGGGUAACACACACAGGCACACACACACACAUCUCCACGAAUGCAUUUCUGUCUGUCGCUUGCACGUUGGUGUGUGUGAUGGCUGUGAUGGUGUGAUGGAUCCAUUGGCUCAGUGUCCCUAGUAUGGUCCUGGCUUGGCCCGCCGGUCGUGAGUAGGCGGGCGAUGGAGUACGACCCCUGUUUGUUCUGGUACGGCCCCCCAGAGCAGGUGUGCGACGCUACACUUCUGCUGCUCGUGCUCGUCCUGCUGGCCGUCGCACUCGCUAUGUCGAUCAAGGCUCGCAAGCCAGACAGUGACCAGCAGGAUGUCAAGGACCAAUCAGCCAUAGUGGAGAGGGAGCCGUGGCAGCACAAUCUCAUAUUCCCUGUCAUGGUGGGUUGAGUGGAGAGGUGGCGACAAUUGAAGUCAGCCACAACUGCUUUUGUGUGUAUGUGUAUUUGUGUCGUCAGGUGUUGGGUGCUGUUGGCGGCUUGCGGCUGAUCCUGCUAGUUGUGUACAGCUGGGGGCAGGUCACCGCAACAGAGAUAGACAUCUCGGGGUCGCUGCUCAAGGUCAGCUCCGAACUGACGUCCACAUACAACGUGUGACGCACGUGCAUGCAAUGGUUGGUUGGUGUGUGUGCGUAGUUGGGAAUGGUGGUGAGUGUGCUGGAGAAAGGACAAGGUCUGCUGAUCUUCCUCGUGUUCGCCUUCCAAUCCGACGCAAUCAUGCAAUACAACCUCGUGGCACGGUCGACGGGCCAAUGCAUGCAAAAGGUGCACAUGACACUCAUGAUCAUGGCCUUUUGCGCACACUCACAUAUCGAUGACUAUGAUUUCCCUUCUUCUCUGGCUCGCUUGCUCAGUGCUUCCAUCGUGAGAUUGCGUCUCCUCCAGUGACCGACCCCUCAGUCCCUCUGCCCUCUUCCCUCCUGCACGUCGUCGAUGCGCUCGGGGCAUCGUGCGCCUGUGGCGGACCACUGGACAAGACACACCCGGAUUAUCACGCCGAGAAGGCGAGCGACAGGCGGUGUUUGUCAGCGUUGCGGCGUCAGCGUGUAUUGGUGCAUCACUGCUUCACGGGGAGGGAGGCCGUGGACUGGAUGGUUGACUGCGAGCUGGCCCACGUGCGAGAGGAGGCCGUGCAGAUCGGCAAGAGGCUCAUACGGCUGGGUGAGACAUGAUGGACAGAAGACACACCUUGAUGUGAAUGACGUCACGUGUUCUGUUGACGUCACGUGUUCUGUGUGUUCGUGUUGGGCAGGUGUGAUAUCCCAUGUGAGGCAGGAGUGCGACUUCUUCGACUCGCACCUCCUCUACCGGUACCGCCCCGAUCACCGGGAGAAGCGGCUGUGUCAGCCGUCCACAGGAGUGUCGGCCACUCCUGAACAAGAGCAGGAACAGCCAGGGCUGCUCUACGGGGAAACAAACGAACGGUUCGGUUGAUGAGAGCAUAAGACAGACAGCAACGAGUGAGAGGUCGUAGGUGUAAGGUCGCCCCUUCCAGUCGAGCUGUUGUCAAGUGAGCCUUGCUCUCCUGGUGUGUAUGCAUCAUAUAUAUAUUUGUCG